AAAAGCUGUUUUGAAGCCAGACAGUGGGAGGAACCAGAGCCAAACAGAUUUAACCAACCGUAACCUCAAACUCACCCCUAUGUCCUAACAUUUACAUAACAUAACAUUUAAAUAUGCCUGAUUCUAAUCAUGUGCCUAACAGGAGUGGACCUGCCAAUUUAGGGACAGAAAAACAAAGGCAGAAGUGAACAUUGCUGACAAAUCCAGUUAUUGACAAGCAAAAAUGCUGUGCUCCAUGUGGCUCAUUCUGAUUCUUGGCAAUACCAUUUCAAGUGCGUCUGAAUCAAUAAGACUGGUAAAUGGCAAUAACUCUUGUUCUGGAACACUGGAAGUUUUCUAUAACAGUCAGUGGGGAACAGUGUGUGAUGAUGGCUGGGAUCUGUUAGAUGCUGCUGUUGUGUGUAAAGAGAUGGGCUGUGGGGAUGCUAUUGAGGCAAAGAGUGGUGCUUUUUUCCGACCAGGAGGGGGAUAUGUACUAAUGAGCAAUAUUGCAUGUGUUGGAAAUGAGCCUACAUUGAGCAGUUGCAGCUCUAAGAAAUUUGGAUACUUUACAUGUGACCAUUCAAAGGAUGCUGGAGUCAUCUGUGACUCCCUUGUCAGACUGGUGAAUGGCAGUCACUCUUGUUCUGGACGAGUGGAGGUUUUCAAUGAAAAUCUGUGGGGAACAGUGUGUGAUAACGGCUGGAAUUAUUCCGAUGCUGCAGUGAUAUGUAAAGAAAUGGGCUGUGGAGAUGUUUUCGAGCAAAGGAUUGGUGGAUAUUUUAGCCAGGGAUCAGGACCAGUAUGGCUGAGUGAUGUACAAUGUUCUUACUCUGAAACGAGUCUGAGACACUGUAAUUUGCCGGGAUGGGGACAAAACUCAUGUGGACAUGAGAAGGAUGCUGCAGUCGCCUGUCAAAGCAGAAUUAGGUUGGAAAAUGGCUUCAAUGCUUGUUCUGGAAGAGUGGAGAUAUUCUAUUAUCGCUGGGGAAACCCUGAGUUUGGAACAGUCUGUGAUAAUAACUGGGAUCUAUCAGAUGCUGCAGUGGUGUGUAGAGAGAUGGGAUGUGGAGAUGCUCGAGAGGCAAAGAUUGCUGCUUAUUUUGGACAGGGUGGGGGACCAGUAUGGCUGAAUGAUGUCAACUGCGUUGGAAAUGAAAUCACCCUUGCUGCAUGUAAAUCCCAAAAUACAGAAGAUUACAGUUUGCAUUACAAGGAUGCUGGAGUCAUCUGUCAAUCACUUGUUAAGCUGGUGAAUGGCACUAACUCUUGUUCUGGACGAGUUGAAGUUUUCUUUGAUGGCCGAUGGGGAACAGUAUGCGAUGAUGGAUGGGAUCAGUCAGAUGCUGCAGUGGUGUGUAAAGAACUGGGCUGUGGGAAUAUUAUAGAGGCAAAGAAUGCUGCUUAUUUUGGACCGGGAUCAGGAAUCAUCUGGCUAAGUGAUUUACAGUGUGCCAGUUCCUCUACUCUGAGAAACUGUAAUUCAAAGGGAUGGGGACAAAACAGCUGUGGACAUGAGAAAGAUGCCGGAGUAGCCUGUCAACUUAACAUCAGACUGUUGAAUGGCAUAACCUCUUGUUCUGGACGAGUUGAGGUUUUUCGUGACCGUCAAUGGGGAACCGUGUUUGAUGAUGGCUGGGAUCUAUCAGAUGCUGCAGUGGUGUGUAGACAGAUGGGAUGUGGAGAUGCUAUAGAGGCAAAAGGUGGUGCUUAUUUUGGACAAGGACCUGGACAAAUAUUUAUGGGCUUUGUGAACUGUUUUGGAAAUGAGACCAUGCUCACUGAUUGUAAAUUUCAAAGAUGGGGAAUGUAUGACCAUUCAAGGGAUGCUGGAGUCAUCUGUGAUCCUUCUCUCAGGCUCAUAAAUGGACACGGCUCUUGUUCUGGACGAGUGGAGGUUCUUUAUAAUGGAGCAUGGGGAACAGUGUGUGAUGAUGGCUGGGAUCUGACAGACGCUUCAGUGGUGUGUAGAGAGAUGGGAUGUGGGGAUGUGAUUGAGACAAAGAGCGCUGCUCAUUUCGGUCCAGGGUCAGGGCCUGUAUGGAUAAGUGAUUUACAAUGUUCCAACACUGACUCAAGACUAAGAGAUUGUAAAUCAAGUGGAUGGGGAAGAGGCAGCUGUGGACAUGAGAAAGAUGCAGGAGUCAUCUGUAAGGAUAACGUUAGGCUGGUCAGCACCACCAACCCCUGUUCUGGACGAGUGGAGGUUCUUCUUGCCGGUCAGUGGGGAACAGUGUGUGAUGUUGGAUGGGAUGCAUCAGAUGCUGCAGUGGUGUGUAGACAACUGGGCUGUGGGACAGUUUUGGAAGUUAAGAGUGCUGCCUAUUUUGGAAUGGGUUCAGGAACGGUUUGGAUGAAUAAUGUAAAGUGUUCUGGGAAUGAGCCUUCUUUGAUGGGCUGUUCAUAUAAUGCAAUUCCAAACAGAUGUGGCCACGAGAAAGAUGCCGGAAUCAUUUGUGGAUGUAAGUGCCCAUGUUUUCAUUUUAGUGAGUGUUUUAUUCAUGGAGACAUUGAUGACUUUUGGUUUCACCUAGCUGUUAAAGUCAUGUUGAGGGUUGAAGUGAAGGCUAGGAAUGGAGUCGACCCAAAUGCUGCAGGAAUCAUAGAUAGACUUUCAGAGGAGAUUGGGAAGAAGCUACAAAUCAAUGGGAAUUUCUCACUGAAAACUUGGUCAGAUGGAAAAAUCUUCCAUGAGAGAAUAGGAGCUGCACCCUGACAAAUUGGUCAUUUCUGGAAUACAGAGAAGAAAAUAAGCAAACUCUAUGUAAAAGGAAAUUCUACAUCCAUUUUUCAGUCUGACGUUUUAUAAAUGAAAUUAAUAUUUAUCUAACACAUUUUUCCACAUAUGAAAAUGCUUUAUAUAAUAUCCUUGUAAUUUUUUCCCAUAAUGACAAUGUAGGCAGUGUUUUGAUACUGAUAAAGUACCUUUGCGUGUCAUUCUAACUUUAAAAUAAAUUAAAUAUUGAUAAAGCCAAUGUUGUACAUAUAUUUUCAAUAUAAACCUGUCUGGAGGUAAAUUAAUAAAAAUAUAAUAGCAGUAAU